AACUGGCUGCUUAUUUUCAAACGAAGGGACACUUUUCAACGCGGCGAACGUUUGAAAACAGCUUUGGCAUCUGGAUGACGUCGCUUUCAGCCCGUGGUGGGAACGCUGGGAAGUGAAGACCAGCAAGUGGUCCCUUGCAGACCAGCAGUAAAUCCACCAAAGCGGAUCAGUUCCUGCAAGUUUGGGGCCUCAUGAUUAUGGUUGCAGGCAAAGAACCAGACUUGGACUGCUGAAGGUUCUGGUCCUGCUUUUGGAUCUUCUGGGAGCCCUUCAAGGACCAUGAGCCACGCAGGUGACAUCCAGGUGGCCGGCGGGAUACAUCGUGGCGGCACUCUCCCAGCAGGCGUCAGGUCCUAACCGGCGACGCUCCCGGAAAAUGAAUUCCCAUGGCUCCGCCCUCCAUCGCAGUCAGUCGCUGGCGAGCGGCCUGGAGAAGUCCUCGCCCACGUGGACCAAGGCGCCCCACUCCCGCAGCAGCAGCACCCUGUCCUCGCGGCACUCCCGACAGGUGACCAAAGACUGGGAAGUGAUCGAUGACGUCCACGCAGACGUGGCCGCUGCAGGAGAACAUCCCCGAGAGGCGACCACACCUGGAAUAUGUGAAGGUUAUCUGCUCAAGAGGAGGAAGUGGCCGCUUAAAGGAUGGCACAAGCGGUACUUUGUCCUGGAGGGAGGUAUCUUGAGGUACUGCAGAAGUCCACAAGAUGUAUCCAUAGGAAGGGUGCAGGGUUCUCUGGACAUCGGCAAUGCCGUCAUGUCCGUCAACAAGAAGUCCAACCGUAUUGACUUGGACACGGGGGACAUUCUGUACCACAUGAAGGCAAAGACCCACGAGCUCUUCUACAUUUGGGUGACCAAACUGCGAGCUCAUCGCUCGUACAGGAAGAGCGAGGCGGCCGUCCUUCUUAACGGACACCCGGUGACCCUGUCAGCGGACGCCAGCCAGCCCAACGAGCUCCUCCUCCUGCCCAUACAGAGCUCUGUGGGCGUGGCCGCCGCAGCCCCGCCCUCCGCCAACAACAAGGUGUCGGCGUGGCUGCGGCAGAGUCACCCACCUGACACCUGUGCGCAAGAGCUCAACCGCUGCCAUUUGGACCUUUCAGAACUCAACCGUCUCAUCCAGAGGCUCCAGCAGCUGGAGGCGGGGCAAGCCUUCACCAACGGGGAGCUCCAGCGAAUCAUCAGCGUCCAGAACCUUUCCCUGGAGAAGCCAAAGAAGCCAAAGUCGGGAAGGCCGUGGGGUCACUCUCGUACCCUGUCCCGAGUGGAGGCGCUGGGGAUGCCCGUACGCAGGAUGACGAUGUCGCUGUCCUCCAGCCCUCUGAGCAACUCAUCCCACUUUGGCGCCUCCGUCCCCUCCAUCCCCGACUACGUCUACUCCCAACUGUCCCCGCCCACAUCCACGUCGGCCGAGGGCAAGAAGAUCCAGCAGGACAUCUGCGCCGUGUCGCUACGAGUCCUGACCUCCCUCCAGUCUGUCCACCACACCCUGUGCCAAGAGAGUCUCAAGCUGCAUGACCUUUGGGAGACCAACAACUUCUGCCACGCCCAGGAGGUGGCGGUAGGGAGGUGUCCGUCCCACACGCCCGCCUCAGAAGCCGAGUCGGCCGCAGAGUAUUUUGACGCCAGUGACGACAUCCUGUUUGGGAGCUCCUCUGAGGUGUCAGAUGAAUCUGGACUGAGCGAUGGAAGCACAUCCAACUCGGAGCCUGAAGAAGGACACGUAUCGGCCACUCGGAAGUACCGAGCCAGCCUUUCCAGGACUCCUCACAGCGCCCCUCCCAAGAGCAGCGGACGUCGAACGACACUUCCUGCUCCGUGUCCAGACAACAGUCACGUGGGCCUCAUGGCCAUCCUCUACAACAACAUCGGCAAAGACCUGGCCCGCGUGUCCAUGCCGGCCGCCCUCAACGAGCCCGUCAACCUGCUGCAGAGACUGUGUGAGGAGCUGGAGUACAGCCAGCUGCUGGACACCGCUAACCACACUGCGGACCCGUUCCAGAGGAUGGUUUACAUCGCCGCCUUCGCCAUCUCGGGUUACUCCACCGCCACUUUCCGGAACCGCUACAAGCCCUUCAACCCGGUCCUGGGGGAGACCUACGAGUGUGUGAGGGAGGACCGAGCUUUUCGUUUCAUCAGCGAGCAGGUGUGUCACCAUCCUCCCAUCUCGGCAUGCCAUGCGGACUCCGAGAACUUCUCCUUCUGGCAAGACCAGCGAUGGAAGAACAAAUUCUGGGGCAAGUCGCUGGAGAUCGUGCCCACCGGGAUGGUGAACGUGACGCUGCCGAGGUACGGAGACCACUACGAGUGGAACAAAGUGGUGACCUGCAUCCAUAACGUGCUGAGUCAGCAGCGCUACCUGGAACAUUACGGAGAAGUCACCAUCCGCAACCUGAAGAGCAACGUGUGCACCUGCAAGAUCACCUUCGUCAAGUCUCGCUACUGGGGCUCAGAAGCCAACAAGAACGAGGUCCAGGGCACGGUCCUGGACCAGAGCGGCAGCGUCAUUCACCGCUUCGGAGGUCUGUGGCAUGAAGGCAUCUUCUGUGACACGCUGCCCAGCCCCAAAUGUGUCUGGAAACCAAAUCCGCAACCCAAAGACCACCUGCUGUACUACGGCCUUUCCACCUUCGCCAUGGAGCUCAACGAGCUCACGGAGGACCUCAAGCCUCUGCUGCCCCCGACGGACAGCAGGCUGCGACCGGACCAAAGGAUGCUGGAGGAAGGACGAGUGGAGGAGACGGACAUAAAGAAAGACGAGAUUGAGGAAAUGCAGAGGGAGAGGAGGAAAGAGCUCUGCAAAAAAGGGGAGGAGCAUGUCCCGUCUUUCUUCAGAAAAGCCAAAGAUUCUUGCGGCCGUGACGUCUGGUUGACCAACGGAACCUACUGGAAGCUCCGAAAGGAUCCAGGCUUUGCCAACAUGGCCUGUGUGACUCUGUGGUGACACAAGCAGUCCUUGGUGGGGGGGGCAUGUGUGAUCCGCCAUGGAGAUGAGCGGAGACUGUGCUGCUGGACUGUAAACUAUGCACACAGGACUGGACUUGUAUUAGAAAUGCAUCUUCUCUACCCGAAUAUGACGCUUAAUCUCUAGAAGGACACUCAAUUUCAUUUUAAGAUGACAUGAAAGGACAUUUUUGACAAAUCUUUAUUUGAAUAGAAAAAAAACAACAGUACAAUACUCACUUGCGCCACCUUAAAUAAAUAACACUUUUUUUUCUCUCAAAAAUCUCAUUUUAUAAAUUGCAAUGGCUGAGAGGAUUUAUUGCUCGUUUUAUCAUGUGACAUCCUGUACACGCCCCCCCCCCCCCCAUGCUUGAAAAUAAGUGCAGGAAUUCAUCCAGCAGGGGGCAGCCCUGAGGCGCCAAACGCCUGCACUGGGAAUGAGCAGCACGUGACCGCAGUAAACUGCUAUGAUUGUCGUAAUUAUCCUGGCGCGAAUCGACUUCUAAUUGCACUUUAAAUUAUGACAAGUGCAAUCCAAUAUCUUCAGCGCAAAUGUUAAGACUUUUUUUUUUUUAAUUUUUGCUUCUACCAGAGUGCUCUUUGUAAGGCAAACAGUCGUAGUUCCAAUCCGAACCGUUAGGGGGCGACCUCGUAGUACACGAUGCUGACUAUGCUAACGUUAGCAUGUCGCCCACCUGUCAAGUGUUGUCUGGGGUCGUUAACGGAGACGCCUCACUGGCGGCCUCUGUCAGGUUGCGACUCUCACGACCCCUAUUGUGUCUGCGUGGUCAGCCCCCCCCCCACACACACUUCCUGGUCACGGCGUCUGUUUUGCUUCCAGGUGUGUGAAUGACCCACUUUUCUUGGCGACCGCAGAAGAAGAAGAAACGCGAGGCCUCCUAAUGCAAAGCUCGCCUCUUCAACGGGCCUCAAACGCACCACUUGCUGGUGGAAACACUCGGGGAAGAUCAGAAUUAACCAAACAUUUCCCUUAUUUUGUAACGCAAAUGUUGACAGGAAGCGUCCACAAGUCCCGUUGCUAUGGUAACCUCCACCAACUGUUAAUUUUCGCGUGUUUUAAGGAUCUAACUUCUUUUUAUACUUGCACUUUUUCCCUUCAUUUGAACGACAUUUGCCACGCGCUUGGUCAUGUAGGCUGCAGUGCUCCGCGUCGCCAGCAGAGGGAGCCAAAUCAGCUGCUCCGCUUUGCAGUGUGACUGUUUCAGAGGAAAUGACGAGUGCAAAAAGGUGAGAAAAGAGAGGGAGUUUGACAGCGACGGAAGAAGAGAAAGCCCUGAAGGCGUCAUGUCAAGAUAUGCAGAUGUUUUUUUUGUGUGUUUUUUUUUAAACAAUCCAGAUGUUUCUGAGGUGACGGUCACAGGUGUGCGUUGCGUCCAUUUGGCUGCGGGGCACGUCGCAUCCGCUUCGCAUCCUGCUGUGACGUUGGCCUUCAAACGUCCUCCUGAGCGCCAUCACUCACUUUUAAGAUGGCCGCCGCAAAUGUUCCCGUCAAGAUGUGAAGGA